ACGGAGCGGAUUCAGUCGUUUGGUAACUGUUGCAUUCGGCACUUCGUUCGCUCGUUACCCUCAGUCGCUCUUGAGUUCCGUGUUUGGGCACAGCAAUAGCAUAGCAUAUCGUUCGCUCGGCUUUUUGGGUUCGGCAUUUCGUGACUCGGAAUCAGCUCGGCAUCGUACCAACUAAAACCUGCGUCCGUGUGCGUUAGCCGGCCAUUGAGCACUACCACAGCCGAAGUCAACCAACGCGUCCGUGUGUGUUUAUCACUGUGGCACAAUCUUCGAUUAGCUGGCAGCAGAAAGCAAACCCUACCGAUCGGAUAUACCCAUCAAAUUAAAAAUAAUAAUACCAACGAGUAAAAUAAAAAAACAAAAAAUACACACAACACACUACCCAAAACACACAAACACACACAUCACAUAAAAAAUAUAAACCAGAGCCUCAGCGGCCGUAAAGUGCCACCGAAAAGUACUUGGUCGUUAUUUCAUGCAUGAAAAGCUAAAGCAAGUGCAACCUUAAGCCGGAGUGACAUCAAAAAAUAAAUAUACAUAUAAGGCAAACCCAAAAAAAUAAAACCGGGAUUACCGCACACACGCACACACACACACAGAAAGUAAAGGAAGCCAAAGGAAGUCAGCAGCGAAAUCAUGUCACGGAUCGUUUUUAUAUGUCUCGCAGCCAUCUUAACAGAUGCGCUCACCUGGGCCCAGUUGAAUGUGGAGCCCAACACAGCGCUCCUCAACGAAGGCGACCGCACCGAGCUGCUGUGCCGCUACGGCAGAUCCAUCAACUACUGCCGCAUCGAGAUCCCCGGCGAGCAGAAGGUCCUCAACUUAUCGCCGGAGUGGAGCAAGACCCCCGGAUUCACGUACUUCGGAGCGGGUCUCACAGCCGGACAGUGCGGUGUCAGCAUCGAGCGGGUGAAGGCCACAAACAAUGGCCAGGUCAAGUGCAGUCUGGGCGUCGAGGGAGAGGAGCUGUCGGGCACCAUUGACCUGGUGGUGGCAUUGCGUCCCCAGCAGCCCAUCAUCGAGCUGCUGUCGCGGCCAAAUCGCGAGGGUUACUUUAACGAGGGAACCGAGUUCAAGGCCCGCUGCAGCGUUCGUGAUGGUCGCCCGCCGGCGAACAUCUCGUGGUACAUUGACAACAUGCCGGCCAACAAGCGCACCACUCCCCUGGAGGUCAUGUCCUCCACCAGCGAAAACGUGGAGCUGUCGACCUCCGUGCAGGAAAUCCAAUGGCACCUGUCGCCCGAGGACAGCAACCGGAAGCUGGUCUGCCGCUCGCACCACCAAACCGAUCGCGAAAGUGUCCCGCCCCAGGAGGCCGCCUACAUCAUCAACGUACGAUAUGCCCCCGUCCAUCAGCCCGAUGCCGCCGUUUACGGCCUGUAUCUGGAGCACACUGCCAUUGUGAACAUCACCAUCCGAGCCAGUCCGCAGCCCAAGAUUGAAUGGACCAUCGAUGGAGCGGUUGUGGGACAGGGUCGCACCGACGGACGCUACUCGGCCUAUGAGCCGCAGUAUCUGGGCAACGACGAGUACAACGUGACUUUGGCCAUUGCCGGCCUGACUCUGGAGGACACCACGAAAAUCUACAAUCUGAGGGCCAGCAACGAACUGGGACUGACGGACUACCAGGUGCGAAUCAGUUCGUCGAGCAAACCGCCCAGCAGCAGCCUCGAUGUGGCCGCAAUUGUUGGCAUUGUGGUGGCCGUUGCCGUUUUGGUCCUGGUCGUUCUACUGAUUGUGUUUGCACGAGCCACUGGCCGAUGGUGUUUUGGCGGAAAAUCAAUCAAGACGCCCACAAACGAAACCCAGAGUGAUAAGCAACUGGAGUUGGAAACCCAACAGCAACAUGGUCAAAAUGUGGCACUUUUGGAGACCCCAAAUGGUAUUACCCUGUUGGGCGCCAACAAAUUACGUGAGGCCAAUGGAAAUGGACACGAUCGUCUGUCGGUUGAAAGAAGGCAUCACGAUGAAGACGAUAGCUUUGAAUAUGGCACGGAUCGUGAGAGCAGUGUCUAUAAUCCCACCACACGGCCCCUGAAAAGUAUUUUGAUGAGUCAGGCGGCAGGUCGCAAUUCCCGGCACUCUACCAGCGACAAGGAUGAUGGCAAUGAGAAUGCUGAUCUGCUGCAAAAGGCUAAUCAACUGGGCAUUCCCGAAUCGCGUUUUUCGCGAUGGCUGCCCAAGGAUCAACGCGAGCUAAUCGAAAAGCAGGCGAUGUUACUUUCGGGAAGGGCCACGUCCAAGGCGCCAGCAACACCACCCAAGCCGCAGAGACCCCAGAUCGGAGGGGCAACAAAAGCGGCAAAUUCCACAAAUUCUCAGACGACGACGACAACAACGACGACACCGACGACGCCAAAGUUGCCACAGGAAACGGAAAUCUGAGCGAGUGCACGUGUGUUUGUGUGCGCGUGUGGCAUUCAUAUUUAUUUAUUUCUCCUUUUUUUGGGUACAGGAAACGCGCAGCAGGAUUAGGGACGGAGCAGUUUUGCGGCAAUCUGAAAAAUGUAGGGAACGCAGCCAUAAGAGUCAAUGACAUUUCAAGAAUUAAGUGUUAGAAAAAUCAGUUAAUUUAAUCCUUAAAUGUGGUAAAGUAAAAGAGCGGCCUUCUAUUAUGAAACAGAAAUUAAAUAUCAAAGUGUAAUAAGCAUAGGAAUUUUGGGCAAUUUUAAAUUGAUCCAAAAACGAUUGCUUUUGAUUUGUAAACAAGUUUUUAUGUUUCCAUUUUUUUUAAAUCACUUGAGCUUUCCAUAGCGAUCAUAAAUAUAUUAGGUAAACUUAAAUAAAUUUGGCUCAAUCAAUAUGAUAAUACCGGCUGUAAUAACUAAAGGUUACUUACACAAUAAUUAGGCCAUCUUUCCUUACUAAAGACUUAAAAUUUAAUAUUAGAGCCAACUUAAGUUUACAGAGCUUUGAAUUGAACUGCAUUCAUCACCCAGUUAGCUUUCCAACAAUUUUAAAGAAUUCAAUCGCAAAACUGACUCCAAAAUAGUCUUUAAGCUUUGUUUUAACACACAAUUUCAUUUCAUAGAGAUUGAAGCCGGCAUGAAAUUAAGUUAUUAUCGAAUAAUCGAAAAAGUUUGCAUGGCAAGCAUGAAGCGAAAGAUCAUUGUUUUACACCAAUAUUUAUUGUAGUCACUUUAGAACAAAAAUCAUCAAGUGAGAUAUAUGCGCCUCAAGAAAGGGUUCGACUUAAGCCGCGCACACUGUACUUUAAGAGCAAAAAUAAAAUUCUUCUUGUUUUCGAUUUUUUGUUCGAGUGGACAGGACCUUAAACUUUUAAGUAAUAUUUAGAAAUUUAAAACAAAAACGACAUAAUGUAGUUAGGAUCUUUUGAUACAAUUUGUUUGUCCUUUAUUAUUUUUUACAAAAAGUAUGUUUAAUAAUUAAUUAACAACAAUAAAUAUUGUUAAAAUUGA